CACAUCACCACACCACCCCGCCCAAUUUUUCACUGCUCCGAGAAUAAUAAUAAUUAUCUAUCUUACACGGUAAGCUAAAUUCAUUAUUUAGUUAUACACCUUAGGAAGUAAAUAGCUCAGCCUUCCCUAACUCCAACUCCAAACCCAAACCCUAGCCAGGCCUGACCCGACCCGUCUUUCGCUGAGAGAAUAGAAGCAAAUUACCCGGGGUACUCACUCACUCGCUCAGUGAUUCCUCGUAUGUACAUACACAAUUCAACUUAACUCAGCAGAUUACCUUAGGUAUAGGUAUCGGUAUUGGUAUAUGUACUGCCAAAAAAAAGGAAGAAAAAAAAGGAAAGGGAAUCAUGAUUUUGUCUUCGUUGAGGGGAGGAAGACAGACAGGCCUCUUGUCGAGAGUCCGAACCAAAAUAAACCAAGUUUUUUAGUUGUAAAAGAACCCCACACACAGAGAGAGAGCGCGCCUAGAAAACCAGAUAUCAAACCAAAUAGAAACAAAAAACGACACACGAGACGAAAUGAAAAAGAGAGGAAAGAACCAAAAGAAUACCAGCUAGCAGUUCCGUUCCGCACACAUACCAAAGACAACCAGGACACCCACCAUACCGUACAUCAGAAACAAAACAAAACAAUAUAUAAGGAAAAUAGAAAAGAUUUACAAUAUUUCCCAGAGAGGGUGGUUUUUUUAUUUCUCGCCAGUCGUGUCACAUUUCUCAAAGGCUUCUGGCUUCUUCCUCUUACCCUUGCUGCCCUCUUCGCCACCCACUCACUCCCAGCCUUCGUCCAAGAAAGAGAAGUGAUAAUGAUAAUAAUAAACCCUUUCCGCUGCCUGCUCUCUGUUCGCUACUGCCACCGCCCACGCAGAAAGUCAGCUACUGCCGAGCCACCGCUGCGGCCGCUACAAAAGGCCAAAAAUCUAAUACCCGUAUCGAUACCAAAUACCGAUUGAUAGCAAUAGUGAGGGGGAAUAGCAGUAGCAACAGACCCGUUCCUCCCUCCUCCCAUCCAUCUC